GGCCCAUAUUAGGGGACGUAUAUAAACAAGUGGCUCAGUGAAACUUCUGGAAUCUCCUUCUCUGUCUGCUAUUAUCGAAGGAAAAUUUUCAGCUUCCCUCUCCGGUGAAUAUUUGUAGGGUUUCGAGAAGCUGAUAUUAGUACUCAAAGAGGCCUGUAUCAUCUUUAAGCCAUGAAUUCCAGAAGGGAUACGCGUAACAGCAGAGUUGCUCUUUUUGAUGGAAUUGAGGAGGGUGGUAUUAGGGCUGCAUCUUCUUACUCUCAUGAAAUUGAUGAGCAUGAUAACGAACGAGCAAUGGAAGGACUGCAAGAUAGAGUCAAUCUGCUAAAGAGACUGUCAGGUGACGUACAUGAGGAAGUGGAGACCCAUAACCGCAUGCUUGACCGAAUGGGCAAUGAUAUGGAUUCAUCAAGGGGAAUUCUCUCGGGGACUAUGGACAAAUUCAAAAUGGUGUUCGAGACCAAAUCAAGCAGGAGAAUGUUUACACUUGUGGCAUCAUUUGUUGUCAUUUUCCUAAUAGUAUACUAUCUCACUAGGUGAUAAAAGAUAAAUACAUGGUUGCCAGCUUUAUGUUAGAACUGGUAAGGGUGAAGAGUUUUUUCUUUGUUUUUUCCUUGUUUUUACUGUAAACAAUGUUGGUUCUUGUCUUUGCAUGUUUUUGUAUAGAGAUUUUUCUUUCAGACAGUUGAAUCUAAGAAUGUGCCUCUUUGUAUUGGUCGACUUUA